AAAAACACACCAAAUAUUAUUACAAGUACUCUUCACUCUAUAACAAACUUUCCUUUCUAAAAACACCUAAAUCUUUGAUCUUCUUUUCUUUCUUUCUUCUUUUGCUUGGUUAUUUAUUAUUAAAUACUUUCUUAUUGUGUCACAAUAUAUAUUAUAUAUUAUUUGGUUUGUCAUCGAUCUCCAUCCUUCUUAUUAUCGACUGACCUCGAUAGCUUGCUUAGCUUGAGACAAACGUACAUACACGGAGAUGGGAAGAGCGCCGUGUUGUGAAAAAGUCGGGUUGAAGCGUGGGAGGUGGACGGAUGAGGAAGAUAAUAAGUUGUUGAAAUAUAUUCAAGAAAAUGGAGAAGGGUCUUGGAGAUCAUUGCCUAAAAAUGCAGGGUUAUUGAGGUGUGGAAAGAGUUGUAGAUUAAGAUGGAUAAAUUAUUUGAGAUCCGAUUUAAAGAGAGGAAAUAUCACACCCGAUGAAGAAGAGAUCAUUAUCAAACUCCAUUCUACUAUGGGUAAUAGGUGGUCCAUGAUUGCUGGGCAACUACCAGGAAGAACAGACAAUGAGAUUAAAAAUUAUUGGAACUCUCAUUUGAGCAGGAAAAUCCAUACAUUUAGAAGGCCCAAUGGUGAUGCUAAUGGUGGCAAAAUCAUCAUAAACAUGAGCAAUGCGAGCGCACCACCUAAGCGCCGUGGGGGCCGCACAAGCAGGGCUGCAAUGCAAAGGAAUAGAAACAAUAAAGCCCUCAUCAUCAACAACAACAACAACAACAACAGUGUUGCUAAUGUUCUAGCAACAGUGGGACCCACCAAGGAGAUGAGCAAUUUAGUGGGAGAUAAAAACUUUAGUAUACCCAAGAAUAAAAUUUAUAAUAAUAAUAAUAAUAAUAAUAAUAGGGAGGAGGUGGAAAAUGAUGAGAAUUUAAUGUUUAAUGAAGAGGAAACAGAGUUGUUAGGUAUUGAAGAAAUAAUGGGCCUUGAUGGGCUUUUAGGAACCACAAAUGAAGAGAAUAGUGUGGGCCCUAGUGAGAGUAAUGGACCUAUGGGAAUGAGCCCAAUUGCAGAAGAUCAAAAUCAUAAUCAACACAAUAGUAAUAACAAUAAUUAUAAUGUGAGUACAUUCAUAGGGUCUAAUGGUGGAGGAUCAAGAUCAACAGCUUCAUCAUCAUCAAACUUUGAUCAUCAUGGUGGAUUUGAUUGGGAUUGGGAAAUCGGGACCGUCGAUUGUAUCGGCCAAGAUUUCAAGUUGUGGGAUGAGAAGGAGCAGUUCAUCUCUUGGUUAUGUGAAAAUGAUGAUCAUUUGCAAGAGCCUCCUGUUUUUUCUGAUCUUUCUUCUGAUUUAGAUGCUGAGAAAGAACAAGCUAUGUUUGCUUGGCUUCUCUCUUAAAAAAUCCUCGAAACAUUAGGAAACCCUGCUCAUAAGGGGAAGGAUAUUAUAAUGCAAGUGUUUAGAUAGAUUUAGGUGUUCGAUGUUUUCAGUGUAGUCUCAUUAAAUUUGUUACUUUAUUUUUUUGGGUAGUAGUGGUUGAGUUAUUAUUGUCUCUUUUUUGGUAUUUUAGAUGUCAAGGUUUCCAUUUAAUUUGUGUCUCAAUAUUGCUCCUCUUUGUUUUUUGGUGGUCUAGUUAAUGUACUAUUGAUGAUCUGAAUGAUACUGGCAGUGAAAGGGAA